CUGCAGUGGGAAUUCCUUUGCAGCUUACCCAUCUGGAUUUUUAUAUGUUUAUCUGUUUCUAUUCUGGAAUUUGUUUUUGGCUUGGAAAGUUUCCUUGGUGUCUGUUACGAGUUUUGGGCGUUGGGCAGCGCGAGAGGUUUCGUGUGGGAAACAGCGAAGGGAAGUAGAAAGGAGAAGCUUGGCUCUGUGACGUUGUUUACUAGUCUGAGUUUUGUAGAUGGAGGGUGGUUCCUGCCGGCUCUGCGCGCCUCGCCCCUCGGAUCUCCUCAUGAAUUAGGCAACACCGGGUGUUGUGGAGUUGAUAGAGGAUUUUUGCAUUUGUGAUGCGGGUUGAAUUUGCCCGGCGUUGGUGUUGUGCAUAAUCGGAGCGUUGGAAGGAGUGUGUGGAUGAUUCUAGGAAAAUAGAGGGAUUGAGAUUGUUGGUAGUGAUGCAGUGCUCAAGGGGAAGGGCGUUGUUGCUGGCGCCAGUUUUGGUGCUUUUGAUCGUGAGUUUUGCUUCUGCCACCGUUGAGAGGAAGCGGAUCCCGACGACAUUGGAAGGGCCUUUCAAGCCUUACACGAAGGAAUUCGAUUCCAGCUUGCGCUCUGGAAGCGAUGACUUGCCCCUGUACGAUCCUCGAGUCGUCAAGCGUGUACCCGCUAUUUUCCCCGAGCAGAUCUUCAUCGCUCUGUCCACGCCCGAUGCUAUGUGGAUGUCUUGGGUCUCUGGGGACUGGCAAAUGGGGCCGAAAGUGGCACCGUUGGACCCGACCAGUGUGAAGAGUGUUGUGCAGUAUGGCACUACUUCUGAAAAGUAUACUAUGUCUUCAAAUGGAACGGCCGAGGUUUACAGUCAGCUAUAUCCUUUCAAUAAUGUGCUCAAUUACACGUCCGGAAUUAUCCACCAUGUCCGCAUUACUGGACUGAAACCAAACACAAAAUAUUACUAUAAGUGUGGGGACCCAACGUUAUCUGCCAUGAGCGGUGAGCAUUCAUUUACGACCCUGCCAGCACCAGGACCUGCCAAUUACCCAACCCGUAUUGCUGUAAUCGGAGACCUUGGCUUGACAUAUAAUUCCACUUCGACUGUUGAUCAUAUGAUUGAGAACAAUCCAGAUCUUGUUCUUAUGGUGGGAGACAUGUCAUAUGCAAAUUUGUACAUUACUAAUGGAACCGGCACCGAUGAUUACGGUCAAACUUUUGGGAAAGAUACUCCCAUACACGAGACUUACCAACCUCGCUGGGACAUGUGGCAGAGAAUGGUCGAGCCGUUAGCGUCGAGGGUCCCCUUUAUGGUUAUAGAAGGCAACCAUGAGGUUGAGUCACAAAUCAACGGCGAAAGCUUUGUGGCGUACAAGGCUAGGUUUGCGGUUCCUCAUGCAGAGAGUAACUCGGAUACCAGCAUGUACUACUCUUUCAAUGCGGGUGGUAUCCAUUUUGUCAUGAUUGGAUCCUACGUUGAUUACAAUAAGACAGGUGAGCAGUGUCGCUGGCUCCAGGAAGAUCUUGCUAAGGUGGAUCGGGCUGUAACGCCAUGGAUUAUUGCAUUAACACAUGCUCCGUGGUAUAAUAGCUACCUCGCUCAUUAUAGAGAAGUUGAAUGUUUUCGACAAUCUAUGGAGGAUCUUCUGUACAAAUACGGGGUUGACGUCAUGUUCCAUGGCCAUGUGCAUGCUUAUGAACGAAUCAAUCGCGUGUACGAUUACAAGUACGAUCCUUGUGGUCCUGUGUAUAUCACAGUUGGCGAUGGUGGCAAUGGUGAGAAAUUGGCUGUACCUCAUGCAGACGAACAUGGUGCAUGUCCUGAUCCAUUAAAGACCCCAGACUGGAGUUUUUCACAUCUUAGUGGCUAUUGUGGUUUCAACUUUACCAAUGGCAAGUUUUGCUGGGACAAGCAACCCGCCUGGAGUGCCUGGCGGGACAGCAGCUUUGGACAUGGCAUCAUAGAGGUAGUAAAUAGCACGCACUUGCUUUGGACUUGGCAUCGAAACCAAGACGAAUUCGAUGAAGUCGUCGGUGAUCAAAUUUACAUAGUGCGUCAACCUCACGUCUGCAGUAACCAGAACGUGUUGCAGAGGAACAAAAAUAUGCUUUCCUUCAGGAACAGUGAUCGAAGUCAAAUGUCAUGAUCGACUCUUGUAUCGAUCACAUGCAGCUUUUGCAUCGAGGGUCAGAGAAACCACCACCGCUUCAUAAACCUUCUACAACUGUUAACUGGUCAGGUCUGGGCUUCACUUUUUCGAAUGGCAUGUUUCUAAUGUGAUUAAUAUCUUCCGGGUAAAUCAUUUAGUAUUGCUUAGAAGGCUAAGGCUAUGAACCAGAAACACUUUGUCUUUUUUGGGUACAAUUUAUCAUGGGUCACAAUAUUUUCCCGAAGUCUGCGCAGCUUCAUCUCUGUCAAUGGACUAGAGUUACAAAAUAUUUUGUGCUGUCAUAAAAGAAGGAAGCAUUUUGGGUGGAGAAAAUCAUUUCGUUACAUAGAGUGUGGGAGUGGUCUUUCUUGGUGAUGGAUUCAUUACAAUGACUCUAAAGUUACCUGUUCAUUUCUAUCUUUAAAAAAUGUUUCAUCUGCACCUUCACAACAACGAAUGAAAUAAAUAUCAAAUGGAACAGUGAUCUUUUCAA